GUAACUACGUGGGUUUGGUCUUUGCAGCAGUCUGUCCCGGACGACACUUUCAACCUCUUGUUUUUCUUUCAAUCGGAGCUUGGUUCAAUAGAAGGUACAGUCAAUCGGAGCUUGGUUCAAUAGAAGGUACAGGGAAAAAAAGAAAAAGAGAAAGAAAGAGGGAAAACACAACAUUAUGGACACCGCAAUGGGCGAUUCACAGCACGCCGAGGACAUGGCCAUCGAGACCCCUCCGUCGUCCAUCUUCGUACCCCCUUCCAUCAACGAAUCAGCCCUGCUCGCGGGCGACUCGUACUCGUACUUCUCUCCGGUGCCGACCUCCCUGCUGCCGCCGCCAGGCUCGCCGCCCUCCGCGACGGGACCCCCGUGCGCGCUCGGCGUCGACGAGGCCGGCCGCGGGCCCGUCCUCGGCCCGAUGGUCUACGGCGUCUUCUACCUCCCGAUCCCGCUCUCCGACCCCCUCCUGCGCGCGACCCACCACUUCGACGACAGCAAGGUGCUCACGCCCGCCGUGCGCGCCUCCCUCCUGCGGACCCUCUGCACGCCCUCGACCGACCUCCACGCCUCGUGCGGCUGGGCCGUCACGGCGCUGUCGGCCCGCGACAUUAGCGCCGGCAUGCUGCGCCCGGGCCUCGCCGCGUACAACCUCAACGCGCAGGCCAUGGACGCCACCGUCGAGCUCAUCAGGCAGGUGUACGCGCGCGGGGUCAACGUGCGCGAGAUCUACGUCGACACCAUCGGCCAGCCCGCCGCCUACCAGGCCAAGCUGGAGCGCGUCUUCCCCACGGCCAAGAUCACGGUGGCCAAGAAGGCGGAUAGCCUGUACCCGUGCGUCAGCGCCGCCAGCGUGUGCGCAAAGGUCACGAGAGACGUCGCGCUCGAAACGCUCUGGAAGGCCCCGGGGUGGAAGGCUGGACAGGUGGUAGGUGGGGGUGAGGAGGGGGAAGAGAAGGACGGAGUGGAGGAGGAAAAAGAGGAGGAGAGGAAAGAAGAUGAACAGCAGGAUCAGGAGGAGGAGCAGGAGCAGGCGGGAGAGGCGAGCAUGGCUUGGGGCUCGGGAUACCCGUCGGACCGGAGGUGCGUCGCCUGGCUGAAGGCUAGCAUGCAUCCUCUCUUCGGAUGGGGACCCGAAUGUCGCUUUAGCUGGGGGACGGCAAAAGACAUACUAGAAGCAGCUCCAGCAAAGGGCGGGGGCGUCAAGGUGGAUUGGCCGGCCAAUGAAGACGACGACACCCAUCGGUUAACCGACUUUUUCGUCUCGGGGCGCCACGAGAAAGCCGCGGAUGAGCUGGGGGCUUGGUUUGGCACCCCGACCGGGCUAGAGGCCUUCUGAUCUUGUUGGAAACAUGUCUGUACUCGUAACCUUUUCUUUGCUUGGGUUUGGGAUGGGAUCUGCUGGCAUGGGCGUUGGAGGAGUUCGGGGUAACAAAAGAUUUUAUAUGGGAG